UGCAAAUAUUCAAAAAAUAAUUUAAUUUUUCUUAUGGCAACACCAUUUUUCACAGUGAAAGACGUACCUGCAUAAGAUUUCAUUCAUGCUUAUGCUGAAUAUUUGAAAAAAAAUUAACAAGAUCAAAAUUCCAGAAUGGGGUUCAAUUGUCAAGACAGGACUUGGAAAAGAAAUUUCACCAAUUGA